UGGUGAUAGAUACCAAGCAAGGUUUCCUUUUCUCUCUAAUCUCUGCAAAAAUCGUUUCGUAUUGGCUGGAGCCUGGAUCGGCAUAAGAAGGAUCGAUCUGGCGUUCAUGCAUCUCUAGCUGUUGCCGACUCAGCGGAUCCCUGCUCUCGAAUUUUUUUAGAUUCCUUCCGUCAUCUCAGUUGCGUUUUCCGGGUGAUCGUCCGUCUGUUUUGCAAUCAGUGGAAACCAAAAAGAAAAAAGUAGAUCUGGGAAUUGUUUUUAGAAUUUUGCUUUGGAUAUUUGGUUACUUUUGCAACCACCAGUUUUAGGAAUCAUUCGUGUUAGGCAGCAGCCAUGUUCUAUGGCACAGCAGUAUGGGAUCCUUGGCUUAUCGUUGGCCAGAUUAUAUGCCUUCAGUGCUCCUUCUAUCUCUCCCUUGGAGUCUUCAUGGUUCUCUUUCUUGGCCUUCGUGUUCCUCGCCUUAGCCUUGUCUACUUCUUCGAUUACGCCACUCUCACCACUUCUACCCUCACCGGCUGGUGUGUCAUUGCCUCUUUCCUCUUCACUUCCCUUGCAGUGGCUGUGUACAUGAUAUUUGUGGUGGAGCGAGCGCGGAAAUGCCUGGAUUUCUCUGCAACUCUCUACAUCAUACAUCUCUACUUGUGCAUCCUCAAUGGUGGAUGGCCUUCCUCUAUGGCAUGGUGGGUUGUUAAUGGCACGGGGCUUGCUGUUAUGGCGUUGCUAGCUGAGUACCUCUGCAUUAAACGCGAGCAGCGUGAGAUUCCUAUGGAUCGUUUCCAUUCAAGGGUUUGAUGAACAAGUGAUGUAUGUACAGAGAUGAGAAUUGGGCAAAAGAAGUGUUUGGACUACUACUACCUCUGCCUGCAGCUUUUUAGUCACUUUGAAAGUUUUUAACACUUUGGAACACGUUUCUUUGUUGCAUCCCUUUCAAUUUUAUGGAGAGAAAAAACACGACUCUUGAAUGCUUUGAAGUUGCUUCGUGCUAAGUUUGUUAUCGUCUCA